AUGUUCUUUCUUUCUUUCUUUCUUUCAUUCUUUCUUUCUUUCUUUCUUUCUUUUUUUCUUUCUUUCUUUGUGUCUGUUAUCUUACUUCCAUUAUCUUUGUUUUCUUUCUUUCUUUUUUCUUUCUUUCUUUCUUUCUUUCUUUUUUCUUUCUUUCUUUCUUUUUUCUUUCUUUCUUUCUGUCUUUUACUUUCCUUUUGUCUGUUAUAUUACUUCCAUGAGCUUUGUUUUCUUUCUUUCUUUCUUUCUUUCUUUCUUUCUUUCUUUCUUUCUUUCUUUCGCAUUCUUUCUUUCUUCGUUUUACUCUUCAUGAUUUACUCUUAUCUUUUUCUUUCUUUUGACUUUUCUUCUCUUUUCUUUCUUUUUGCUUUCCCUUCCUUUCUUCAUUUCCCUUUUUCUUUCUUUCUUUCUUUCUUUCUUUCUUUCUUUCUUAAUGCUUACGUAUUCUUUUUCUUUUUACUUUUCUUUCUUUCUUUUUCUUUAUUCUCUCUUUUUUCUUUCUUUCUUUAUUCUUUUUUUCUUAAUGCUUAUAUAUUGUUUUCUUAUUUUAUUUUACUUCCCUUUCUUUCAUUCUUUCUUUCUUUCUUUCUUUGUAUCUGUUAUCUUACUUCCAUUAUCUUUGUUUUCUUUUGUUCUUUCUUUCUUUCUUUCUUUCUUUCUUUCUUUCGUAUUCUUUCUUUCUUUCUUCGUUUUACUCUCCUCUUUUCUUUUAUCGUCCUUUCUUUUCGCUGUUUUUCUUUUUCAUCUUUCUAUACAGUCAUGAUUUACUCUUAUCUUUUUCUUUCUCUUGACUUUUUCUUCUCUUUUAUUUCUUUUUGCUUUCCCUUCCUUUCUUCAUUUCCCUUUUUAUUUCCUUCUUUUUUCUUUCUUUCUUUCUUUCUUUCUUUCUUUCUUGUUCUCUCUGCCUCCUCCGAUAUUUUUGUAUCUAUCUAUCUCUCUGUGACCACUUCCAGCUUAGUGAAUGUGAUAUAUCUAUAUUUAAUAUUUUCAUAUUUUCCGGGUAGGAGUCUAUCUAUCUAUCUAUCUAUCUAUCUAUCUAUCUAUCUCAGUCGGUUCAUUAUCUAUCUAUCUAUCUAUCUAUCUAUCUAUCUAUCUAUCUAUCUAUCUAUCUAUCUAUCUCAAUCGGUUCAUUAUCUAUCUAUCUAUCUAUCUAUCUAUCUAUCUAUCUAUCUAUCUCAGUCGGUUCAUUAUCUCUCUAUCUAUCUAUCUAUCUAUCUAUCUAUCUAUCUAUCUAUUAACGAAGCUAAGCUUAGUCUGAUGCACAUUCAUGUCUAUCUUUUUUUUUUUUUGUCUUUCCUCCUUUCUUUCUUUCUUUCUUUCUUUAUCUUUCUUUUCUUUCUAAUUUAUCUUUCUUUCUUUCUUUCUUUCUUUUCUUUCUUUCUUUCUUUCUUUCUUUCUUUCUUUCUUUUCUUCUAUCUAUCUAUCUAUCUAUCUAUCUAUCUAUCUAUCUAUCUAUCUAUCUCUUCUCCCUGUUUUCAUUUCAAUUUCCCCUUCUACGGUAACUCUUUCGCUAUUUUCUUCAUGCCCCCCGCCAACUUUUUUUCUUCUUCUUUUUGUCUCACUUUAAUGCCGCAUCUUCUGCGUUAUUUUCCUCUUAAUUUCUUUUCUCCUGUCCGGGAGGCUUACGACUAUCGAGUUUUUCUUUCUUUGAUCCUUUCUGUCCAGUCUUCUUUUGGUUCUAUUUCUUUCUUUUGUGAUUCUUUCGUUAUCUUUGCUUCCGGUAGAUUUCUUUUCCUUCUUUCUUUCCUUACGUCACUUUUUUUUAAUUUCUUUUAUUUUUGCAAUUUUUCUUAUUUUCUUUGUUUUCAUUUUUUUUUAUUAUCUCUAUUUGUUUGUUUCUUUCUUUCUUUCUUUCUUUCAAUUUUUCAUUCUAAGAUUAAUUUAUUUCCUUUUCUCCUUUCCAACCUUCCUUUCUUCCAUUCUUCAUUUCUUUUUCUUCUUUCUUCUUCAUGUCUCCUGUUUUUUUUUUUUUUUUUUUUUGUUUCUAAUCAUUCCGUCGUUUCCAUUUUCUUCAUUUCUUCUUUGUUUUUCUUCUCCUUCCUUUCUUUCCUUCCAUUGCUUCAUCUCAAUCUUAUUUUAUUUAUUCUUAACCUUCCCUUCCUUAUUUUUUUCAUUCCUUGUAUUCUACCAUUGUUUCUUCCAAUUCAUUUUUAUUUCUUCUAUUUUUCUCCUUUCUUUAAAUAUUUUUCGUUUCUUUUAUUACUUCCUUUUCUUCUUUUUAAAAUUACCUCCCUUCGUUCUCCAUUUUUUUUUUUGUUGCUAUUUUUAUUUCUUCUAUCAUUUGUUUCUUUCAUUCUGACUAUCCUUUCUAAAGUUAUUAUUUAUUUUCCUUUCUUUGAUUCUUUCUUUUCUAACUUACCUUUUACGAUCUAUUUUUCGUUUCUUUCUUUGCUUUCCUUACUUUUAUUUUAUUCUUCCGAUCUCGGCUUUCAUGUGCUUCCUUCUCUCGUCUAUAUCUAUUUAUUUAUUUUCUUUCUUUCUUUCUUUCUUUCAUUCUUUCUUUCAAUUCGCUCUGUCUUUCCUUCUUUUCUUUAUGCUUCACUCAAUAUUCCUUCCCUGUAUUUCUUCUCGUCCUUUCUUAUCUCUUUCUUUUGUUUUUCAUUCUCUUUCACGCUUUUGUUGUCUUUUCUACAUCUUAAAUUUCUCUCUCUCUCUUUCUCUCUCUCUCUCUCUCUUUCUUUUUCCUCUCCCACUAUUUCCUUUUCAUGUUUUUUUUUAUUUGAAUAUCUUCUUUAA